AUGGAUAUAUCAGAGGGUAAUGGAAACCCUUUGGGUAAUGGAAAUGGUCGAGCUAGGCAGACUCGACCGAUUGGGCUUGGAGAUGCACCAAACCGGCACCAACAAAGAAGAUGGAUUGUCCCACCUCCUGUCCAGAACCACAAUUUCGAGAUCAAGCUGGGGAUGAUUACCUUAGUCCAGAACAAGAUGUUCCAUGGAUUGUCUUGUGAAGAUCCCAUUGAUCACUUGGAUGAGUUUGAUAGGCUGUGUGAUUUGACAAAGAUUAAUGGUGUCUAUGAAGAUGCUAUUAACUGCGCCUCUUUCCACUAUCUCUUGGUGAGAAGGCCCAUCAAUGGGAGAAGAUUUUACCUCAUGGAUCAAUCACUACAUGGGAGGAUUGCAAGAAGGAACAAUGAGACAUUUGCUGAAGCUUGGGAGAGAUUCAAGGGUUACACCAGUCAAUGCCCUCAUCAUGGCUUCAGGAAUAAGUCUUUGCUUUCCACACUUUACAGAGGAGUUUUGCCAAGAUACAGAGAGAUGUUGGACACAGCCAAUAAUGGAUACUUCCUCAAUCAAGAUGUAGAUGAUGUCUCGCAGCUUGUGGAGAACAUUGCUAUCUCAGAUGGGAGUUAUGGGGACGAGUAUGAUCGCACAAAUAGAAGCUCGACCUCCAACUCGAUCGAGUCUGAUAGUAAGCUGAGAAAUGAUGUCAAGGCACUCAAUGAAAAGUUGGAUAUGCUUAUCUUUGCUCAAUCCACAAUGAAGAAGGCCAACUUUGUUUCUAAAGAAGAGAUGGUUCAAGGCAAAGAAGAGGAGGAAAAUCAGUUUGCUGAAGUGUGCUACAUUAAGAAUGGACAAAGAGGUUAUCAAAACGGUUACUAUGGCUACAAAGAGCUUUUUACUUCAACUCGACCCUAA